AUGUCCUCAUCGUCUCAACCAACCCGCAAACGUCGCGCAACGGCUCCUGUGCGUGUUAGGCACCACAUCAUGUCAGUGGAGGAGCUUAUUGGCGCCCCACCCGACGCGCCCUUGAGCACCUCUCUGCAUCAUGUCACCAGCGACAAUCAACGCGUCAAUACCGAGACUAUUCUUGUCGAGCCUACUUCACCAGUCAAACGAGCUCGCCUUGACCAUCUGCACCGUCAACAAGCAACUGUCAAUCUCAUGCCCACCGAGGACCCAGAGAGAUAUGAAAUGGGCUUGGAAGCCGAGGAGGGCGAUAAUGAGCACGAGGAGACCAACGCCAAUCGACAUAGCCUGCCUGCCGACCCCGCAAUGGAUAGAUGGAUGCCUGCUCAUUGCGCUAACCCCCUGCACUUUAUCGAGAAAUGGACUGGCGUGUACUUUACGAGGACAACCCUUCGUGCCAUUGGCCUACGAGUCCAACUGGCCCAUCCUCCCAACGAAAUCUGCGAGCGCCCAGUGGCAGGACGAAGGGACUUCGUCGUCUUGGCAGCCAAUGGGAUACAUGAAGUUGCCGUAGACUUCUGCGGCUGUAUGGAUCACGAUGCCGACCAUGUUCAAUUGUUGAAGGCCGGCUGGUACCCUGCAACGACAGAGUUUCCGCGAACCGCUGCUACCUUCUCCUGCUUGGACCGCUUUCAUUAUCUUUCCUUGCAUGGGAAAACGACGACAUACGACUUCUACUCUGCACUCGAGUCUUCGACCGAUGGAACCGGUAUUAAGCCCCCUGAUCGAUACUCAGUUUUCAUGCGAAUGUCACGCCAAUACCGUCAUCUGCUGUUGCUCAAACGAAAGGGCCGUGGUCACGACCGCUUUGGUGUCUUGGGAACCGCACCAGGAGAACUUGCCACUCGUUGUCCCGCCUGUCCACGACCUGGUGUUAACUUACUGGACGGAUGGCAGAAUGCGCCUCCCGAAGAUCGCAAAUUCUCCCGUGGUUACAGUGUAACCGGUGUCGGCAUGGGCGUUUGCGCAAGACAUGAGUUCGUCUUGCCUAACGGGGUCGGAGAUUUACAGGCUGGCGAGCGAUACGGGAACAUGGACUAUAUCUUUAGCUCAUUCAUGCGGCAUAUCGACGCUCGUUUAUGGAAAAUCCUCUCAUACGAUAUCGUUUGUCAAUGGAUCAAAAAACUCAUUGAGCGACUGGCCAACCUUCCGCCGCUUGUUCGUCUUCGUCUCGCUUUGGGUUUAAUUCGUUUUGCGAUUCCCAAGAUGCACAUCAAAGGCCAUCUUAUCUUGUGCCAAAUCCUAUUUUCGUUGAUGCUCAUCCUCGGCUCGGGUAUGACAGAUGGCGAGGGUAUCGAGCGACCCUGGAGCAUGAUUGGCGGCAUUGCGGGCAGCACACGGGUUUGUGGUCCAGGCGCGCGUUGGGAUCAGCUGGACGACCAUUGGUCAUUUUGGAAUUGGACGAAGCUGCUCCAUCUUGCGGCCUUGUUGCGGCGGAGGACCGACAACGCUAAGAAAGAGCUGGUGAAACAAGAACUCGACUUCGAACAGUUAUCGAUUGGCCACAUUGAUCGCGUACUGGAUUGGAAAAAGCAAGUGGAUGAAUUUGAGGCCGACAACACAAAGCCUAAUCCCUACGGGUACAAAUCCGACGGUAUGACUGAGGCUGCAGUCCGCAAGAUGCUUGAAGAACAAGAAGCCGAAGAAGAGAAGUCUGGGGCACUUCCCAUUCACGACGUCUCCCCCACGGAAUUCAUAGUUGCCUUGUUAGAUGCGGAGGGCGACCAGCGUCGCAUCCGGGGACUGGUCGAGGUCGGCAAGAAACGCUCCUCAUCUGGACGCUUGCGGACUCUCCAAGCGACAUAUAUGCCUGCUGCUCUCCGGCGUUUGGAAGCUCUUCACCUGCCUCAAGAUACUCUAGCAGAGCGCGUGCCCCUCAUUCCCCCAUUCGCCCUUACUCCCGUCGAACGCGAUAAUGGUGGCUGUCGAGAGGGACUGGUCGUUGUCGAGCGGGCUUUGCGAGAUGCUCAGUGUCGCUCGUCGUUGACGAGCCUGCAACUUCAACUGCAUGUCAAAUCACGACUUUUGACUUACAAGAAGAACAACUCGCGCGCGCAAGCGAUGAAUACACGCUCAAGAUCCUUGGUAGACCAGAAUGAGCGGAAAAUCUUGCUAUAUUCCGAAAAAUACCAGCAUGCUUGGCGAGCAUUGGUAGCUCUUGAUGGAGACGACGACUUGAUGUCGUGGCGCAAGCUCGAGAAGAAGGAUAUCAGAUGUAUGGAGGAUGCUGAGGAGGUCUCGCGAGCAGAGCGGAAGCGCGAAAGGGCAGAACGGAAUGAACGCUCCCAAGACUUGGCUCUAGCGCGAGCUGGGCUUGUUGCUCUGCCGAGGGGUCCUAUACCUAUGGAGACUAGCGAUGCGGAAGAAGACGAAACAGAGGCUCAACGACCUGCCGCACAUCCAGAUCGACGACAUGCGGCUCGGGAAGCUAAUGCUCUGUUCAAACACGGAGAAAGUAGACGUCAGGUAUCGUGGAUCUGGAGCAAUGUCCACAAUUCUACUGAAGGAGUUGAAGAAGCUCUGCGCAUCGAAUGGGCGAAGUCCUACGCGCGAACUCGUCGUUGGAAGGAAGAAGUCAGGAUAUUGGCUGCUGAAUGGGAAAGGCUGCCGCUCUCCUUUGGCACUGAGGAGCAGGCGUGGCUUACUCGCGGGAAGAAGGUCGACAUAAGCGGACUGGGAGGGGAGGUCGCGGAGGGCAUGAUUGCGUAUGCGACGAAACAAGCGGAUAUGUUCCGGAAUCUCGCGGCCCGGGCGGAGAUUGUCCGAACAAGUCCGAAGUUGGCACGAGGAAAGCGGGGCGCAAGAGUGGUUAACAUGGUCUACCUAUCUUACGACGACGACAGGGACAUUGUCGAUGGGCUUGUUGACGCAGAUGAUGAGGACGAGCAUGGUAACGCGAGUGACGAUGAUGAAAUGUAA